CUCUGCUUGUGAUCCUGGAAACUUUCCCAUAUGCUAAAGCUAGCUUCAUCAACCCUUUGCUGGCAACUGGCGAGUUUUUUCCUUCUGUUUUCUCUAGUUUCCAUAAUAUGCAACAUUCUUCCAAGCUAAAACAAGAAACAAAAGUACAAAAAUGCAAAAAGAAGCAGCACAAGAUCCAAUGAAAAAACUUCCCAACAGCAUAGCACUACAUUACCUGAAAACCCCAUGAGUUUCUUAAGCUUUUCCCAUGUUUAGUCUGUCAGCACAACAGAAAAAGAAUGACCCAGGUUCUGUAAGAGUAGUAAGGAACUGACAAAGGAAAAAAAAAAAAAAACUACUUCCAACAAUGGAUGAACUCAACCUAUGAAGAUUUAGAGUUUGCUUCUCUGUCCGUUUGUCUGUCUGUUUCUCCCUCUCUCUCUCUCUCAGGAACUGCUGGUAUCUGUCUCAAGGCUUAACUAUGGACUUCAGGACACGUCUUGAUUAUGCUUUGUUCCAACUCACCCCGACUAGAACCAGGUGUGAUCUGGUGAUUUUUGCUGGGAAAGAGAAUGAGAAGUUGGCAUCAGGGUUGUUAGAACCGUUCAUUUUACACCUCAAAAGUGCUAAAGAUCAGAUUUCAAAAGGAGGGUACUCUAUAACCCUUCGUCCAUUGGGCUCAACUCCUUCCUGGUUCACAAAGGGCACCCUGCAAAGGUUUGUGAGGUUUGUUAGCUCACCAGAGGUUCUUGAGAGAUUUGUGACAGUGGAGAGAGAGAUUGAACAGAUUGAUAAUUCAAUUCACUCAAAUGAAGCAAAUGCUGCUGGGGCAACAGAGGCAGAUGGAAAUGAGUCAGUUAUUUCAGGAAAUUUCCAAAAGUCAAUUUCUUCAUUUAAGUCAAAAGGUGAAUUCAAUGGAACUGCUGAUGCUGUGCAGGAAGAAAAUUCCAAGGCUCGUCUUCAACGAGUUCUGGAAACUAGGAAGAAAGUACUCUGCAAAGAACAAGCGAUGGCUUAUGCUCGUGCUUUGGUUGCUGGAUAUGAACCUGAUAAUAUAGAAGAUCUCAUAUCUUUUGCAGAUGCUUUUGGAGCUUCACGUUUAAGGGAAGCUUGCAUAAAUUUCAUGGACCUAUGCAAGAGAAAGAAUGAAGAUAGGCUUUGGAUGGCAGAAUUAGCAGCUAUGCAAGCAUGUCCAAGACCAGACUUGUCUUACCUUGGAACAUCAGGAAUCAUACUUGCUGGGGAAGAAAAUGAUCCUAAUCAAAAUUUUAUGAUAAAUUUCUCAAGCGGGAAGGAAAAUGGUUCUGCUGAUGCCUCUGAUGCCGGGAGUGGAGAUAAUAACCCAGGUGGUAGCUUGCCAUCUGCAGAUGGUAAAGCCCAAGUACAAAUGCCAUGGCCACCCCAUCUUCCUCAGUACAUGCAUAAUUUUCAGGGUCCUGUAUUUCAACAAAUGCCUCCAUAUCAAGGCUACCUUUUUCCAGGUAUGCAUGCUGCCUCUCCAUAUUAUCCAGGGAAUAUGCAUUGGCCUCCAAAUGUAGAGGAUUCUAGUCUUGGUCGUGCUUGGGAACCAGAUGAUCGUAGAAAUCAUAAAUCAUCUUCUAAGAGCAAGAAGAAAUCUUCACGUGGUAAGGGAGAUGAAACUUCAAAGCAAGAUGAAUCCACUGAGCCUAGUGAUUCCAGCUCUGAGAGUGAACCAGAAGAGCAGGUGCAUAAGAAAAAGCAUGGAAAGAAAUCCUCAAGAAAGGUUGUCAUCCGUAACAUUAAUUACAUUUCUUCCAAGAGGAAUGGGGAAAAGGGCAGUGAUUCUGAAGAGACUUCUGAUGAGGGGGAGUUCAUUGAUGGAGAUUCUCUCAAACAGCAAGUAGAGGAGGCUGUUGGAUCACUGGGGAGACAUCAUAAAUCUGCUUCACGUCAUCAGAAGAAACAUGAUGGAAGCAAGCAUCGAAACUCUGUUUCAUAUGAUGAAGAAGAACAGGAAGCUGAGGCUUCUAAUGCAAAAAAUUCUGAGGGAGCAAAAAGAAACAGCCCCUGGGAUGCUUUCCAGAACCUUCUGUUGCAGGACAAGGAUUUGGAUUCCUCAGAAGUAGAUCGACAACCAAUAAGGUUGCAAGAGGAAUAUUUUGCAAGCAAGGGCUCUGAGGACGGAAGGUCAUCAGCAUUUAACCCGAACUGUGAGCGAGUAGCAAAGCAAAAAUCAAUGUCAAGUGAUCCCUUUCUGGCCACACAGAUGGAUAGGGGUCAUGAAGGUGAAACUCGAGGUGGAAACUUUGGAACUAACGAAUUUGGUGGCCCGCUUUUUAAGAGGAGAGAGAGCACAAAUGAGGAGUUGUUAAUUCUGCAAGGUAAUGAUUCUGGGAUUAAUUCACGAGCUUUUAUCUCUGAUUAUACCACGGAGUCUACUAUGAUCAAAAGUCGCAAAGAAGGAGAAUGGUUUAUCAACAACCAACUGGAUAAAUCAGCAAAUCAGGAUGAGAUCAUGGGCCUCAAAAUGUUUGAUGGGGAUAAUGCUUCUUCAUUGGCUCGUGACCGCUUCAAAUCUGAGACAAAGAAGAAUGAUGUUUUCGCUGAUGACUCUUUCAUGAUUCAAGGUCCAUCAGUGGGAGAUGAUCAAUCUGAUUCUCAGUUAAGGAUAGGUAUAGGCAUGGUUCCAGAAAUUGAAGCUACUCAAUACGAAAAUGGCAAUUCAGAAAAUGUACAGAAGGCUGCUUCAGUUUCCUAUGAGCCAGAUGACCUUUACAUGAUGCUUGGGCGUGAUUCAGCUGAGGGAAAUGCCAUGACUUCUUGGACUCGAGAAAUCGACUAUGAAAUGAACGUAUUAUCUGCUGAAGCGAAUGGAAGACACUCUGAUGUUGAAACAACUGGUGCUGAUGACAAGAGUGCUAAUGGUAAAAACCGUGGAAGUUCUGAGCGGAAACUUUCAAAUAAAGAAGUUCGUUCUAGAGUUCCCAAUGGAUCUCUUGUCAAGAGUAAAUCACACAUAGCAGCAAAGACCAGGAAACCUCCAGCUGGAAGCAGAACCACAGUAUGGAAAACUAAAUUUGAUCAGGAAGAGGAGAAUCGAAAGAAAAUAGAGGAGUUACGGAUUCAGCGCCAGAAGAGGAUUGCUGAGAGGAGUGCUGCUAGGGGUGCUAAUCCACUUGCUUCCAGGAGGAGCUCCACAGAAAAUAAAACUUCAACGAUUUCCUUGAAGAGUCAACCUUCGACUCAGGACACUAAGAAAUCACCAAAGCCAGUCCUUAGAAGUUCCACUAUAGAACGCCUUGCAACUGCAAGGAAUACUUCAAAGGCCUCAUCAGCUGAAUCAAAAGCCAGCCAGCCCAAAAAGUCAACCUUGAAGGAAAAUGGUUCUUCAACAACAGUAUCUCAGAAGACUGCUCGUGUUGAAGACAAGGAAUCAAGCUCAAACAAAGUCAGAGCUUCAGAUAAGAAAAGUGGCCCAAACAAAGUACUUUCCAGUGACUCUGUUGCACUAGGAAAGGACUCCAAAGAGGUCACAGUAGCAUUGCCAAUGGAGCCAGCAACACCCAAAGAAACUCAACCUACUGACAUUGUUGAUGAUUUCAAAGACAUUCAGGAGUUGCAGAGUACUUCAAUAGAAAAAACUGAAGAAAAGGAAAUUUCUCAAAGAAACACAUCAGAGGACAGAAGCUCCAAUGGGAAUAUGCUUAAUGAAGAUAAGCCAGUGCAAUUAGAUCAUGUAAAAGGUGACGAGGAAUUGACUAAGGCAUCUACUGUUGUUUCUGAAGACAAAAGAGCCCCAGAAGAUUUUGUUGAAGAUAUUCCCGAGAUGACAGUUCAUCCCUUGCCACCACCGCCUGUAAAGACUGUUAAGUUUGCCACGGUAAAUAUAGAAGGGAAUGGUGGAAUGAAUGAAAAGUUUCUGUCACCUAGGAUUUCUGAAAUAGAGAUCUCAACUCCGCCGCCAAAUGAUGGGAUGAACGCAGAACCAGUGCACUCCAGGAAGAAAUGGAACAAUGAUGAAACCUCUCCUAAGGCAGCCAAAGGUUUUAGAAAGCUCCUUUUCUUUGGACGAAAAAACCGAAACUCUCCUACUUACUGAUUUCAUAGACCUAGUUAAUUCUUGCUAGCAGUUUAGUGUGUGCUUGUCAUUCCAUAAUGCCUCUGCUUCAGGUUCCAGGUUUUCAAGAGCUGCAGGUGGAACAUAUCAAUAAGGCCUUUGGUGUUGUUGCCAUUCAAGGAUUCAUGAUAUUAAAAUGAAAAAAAAAAAAAGGAUUCAUAAUGUAAUUUAUCUUUGUUUGAUAUAUCUUGCUGUAAGGGUUUAAACACAUUCUUUUUGUUUGGUAUGCCUUUGUAAUCUGCACUUGUAUACACAUUUGAGUCAUUUUUGAAUCAUUUGUAAUUUUUAUUCAAAUCUUUGAUUCUAUGAUCCAUAUGAAGA